AUGGCGCACCUUGAUGAUUCGACAAAUGGCACGAACGGAAAUUCCACGCCCGGCGGCUCAUACACUCUACAAUCCCUCCCAAAAUCCAACGUCUUCACCUCAAACCUCCCACCCGACCCCGCCUUUCCCACGCCCGCGGCAUCGCACUCCGCACCACGCGAAACACUCGGUCCUCGCCUUGUAAAAGAAGCCCUAUACACGUUUGUCCGCCCAGAACCUACAAAAGACCCAGAACUAUUGGCUGUGAGCCCGCGCGCACUACGAGACAUAGGUUUGAAGGAAGAAGAGGCGCAGAGCGAAGAGUUCAAGGAGGUAGUCGCAGGCAACAAGAUCUUGGCGUGGGACGAGAAAGACAACGCGGAGGGAGGAGGCAUAUACCCUUGGGCACAGUGCUACGGCGGAUAUCAAUUCGGACAAUGGGCCGGCCAAUUAGGCGACGGAAGGGCGAUAUCGCUGUUCGAAGCUACAAACGAGAAGACAGGCAUAAGAUAUGAGAUCCAGCUCAAAGGCGCGGGGAAGACGACGUACUCGCGAUUUGCGGACGGGAAGGCAGUGCUACGGUCGUCGAUCCGCGAGUUCGUCGUCAGUGAAUAUCUUAACGCCAUCGGAAUUCCGUCGACACGGGCGCUUUCCCUCACACAUUGUAGGGGAAGCAAGGUUUUCAGAGAGAGGAUGGAGCCCGGCGCGAUUGUAUCGCGUUUUGCCCAGUCUUGGAUACGCUUUGGCACUUUCGACCUCCCUCGCAUGCGUGGCGACCGCAAAUUGCUCCGACAACUGGCAGACUACACCGCCGAGCAUGUCUACGGAGGCUGGGACAAGCUCCCCUCUAAACUGCCCUCAGGCGACCCUAAAUCGACACACGCUUCCACUUCCACCGGCGUACCCAAAGACACCACUGAAGGCGAGGCUCUAGAACAAGAAAACCGCUACACUCGCCUCUACCGCGCCAUCCUCUGCCGCAAUGCCGAGACAGUCGCAAAAUGGCAAGCCUACGGCUUCAUGAACGGCGUGCUCAACACGGAUAACACGUCCAUCCUCGGGCUAUCCAUCGACUUCGGACCCUUCGCUUUCCUGGAUACGUUCGACCCUACGUACACCCCGAACCACGACGACCACAUGCUGCGCUACUCGUACAGAAACCAGCCGACCAUCAUAUGGUGGAACCUCGUGCGGCUAGGCGAAGCCCUCGGCGAGCUCAUGGGCGCGGGCUCGAACGUCGACGACUCCGUCUUCGUCUCCUCCGGCGUAAAGGAAGAAGAAGCAGACGAGCUUGUAAAGCGUGCGGAGGGCAUCAUCGAGCGCUGCGGCGAGGAAUACAAAGCCGUUUUCCUGUCGCAUUACAAGGCGCUUAUGACCGCGCGGCUGGGGCUCACUUCGCAAAAGGACUCGGAUUUUGACGAGCUCUUCUCGGAAUUCCUGGACUUCUUGGAAGCGCAUGAGUUGGAUUUCCACCAUGCGUUUAGGAAGUUGAGUCAUUUCAAGCUGGGGGAGCUGGAGACGGAGCAGUCGAGGAAGGACGUUGCAGGCAGGUUUUUCCGGUUCAAUGAGGCGCCGGGACAGGAGGCGGAGUCUCGCUCGCGCAUCGCUAAGUGGUUGGAGAAGUGGGCGGCGAGAGUGAAGGAGGAUAAUCCCGACGAUGAGGCAAGGCAGAAGGCUAUGCUUGCUGUUAACCCUAAGUUCGUUCCCCGUUCAUGGGUUCUCGACGAGCUCAUCGACCGCGUGGAGAAGAAGGGCGAGCGCGACAUUCUGCCUGCUAUCAUGAAACUGAAUCUUGAUCCUUUCGAGGAGAACUGGGGCUGGAACGAGUCUGAAGAAGAACGCUUCUGUGGCGAUGUGCCGAAGUACAAGGGCAUGAUGCAGUGCAGUUGUAGCUCAUAG